AUGGAAACUACAACACACGUUGUCAAUCCAGGUGAGGAAGGGGCUUACAGCUCCAUAACAGAGGCCAUAAACGCUGCUGUGGAUGGCGACACGGUUCUCCUGAAACCUGGCCUUUAUGAGGAACUGCCUAAAGUAUUUAAAGACAUCACCGUCACAGCGGAGCGGGAUGCGUCCCUUACUGAAAGUGAAACCAUCGUUACAAAUGGUAUUGUUAUUGGUUCAAAUGCCACUUUGAAGGGCCUACAGGUGCGUGGACGCGUAGAUGUGCGCAAAGGACAUGCCGUCAUUGAAGAGUGCGACAUUCAUCACGGAUGUGAUGGAAUUCGGGUGGGGGAGGCGGCAAAAUUGACGGUCAGACGCUCACGCAUUCAUCACUGCGAAUCGGGUGGUGACGGCAUUUACUUUUCCACCGGCUCAAUGGGAGAGGUGGAGGAUUGUGACAUUUAUGAGUGCCGUGUCAAUGGCGUGCACGCUAACAAUGCGAGGGUAGUCAUUGCACGCAAUCGUGUCCGCGAUGUUCUCUUUGGCUUUUACUUCCGAGGGCAAUCAUCGGGCUCUGUGGAAAGGAAUUCUGUAGAACAUGUAUCGAAGUUUGGGAUAUAUGUUACGGAGGGCAGUGACCCUGUUGUGCAAGGGAAUAUGGUGAGGGAAUGUGGCAUGCAUUGUGCUUUUGUGUCUCAGGGUGGAAAGGGAAUAUGGGUGGAUAACAGUUUCGAUGGCUCCAUGCAUGUGCAUUCGGGGUGUGACGCAAAGUUAGGUUCCAAUCAUGUGGUUGGAAGGUUGGACGUCGAUCCACCGACAUGA